GAUAAUUCGUGGCACAUUCUUGCUGUCCGGUCUGCCCCGCCAAUAUCAAACGCGGGACCCAUUGCAGCUCUUCGUCUCAUCCGAGGGCGGUCUCAUUUUCCCUCAUUUUUCCCUGAAUAUACCGAAGACCGUGCGGAAUAGAACCAGUUCCAUAUGAAGUUUGAACGAUAGUGCUCGCUUUCUUUGCUUAAAUCCCGCCGCCAUGGCAGCACCGGCAGAUGUGCCGUUGCGUGACCCCCCUCCGCCGCCGCCACCGGACCACAGUAGAAUAGCUGGGAUUUGGAAACGCUUUCUCGGUAAGGACAACAACCUAUCGUCCUCGAUACCACACAUCCAAGAACCUAGGACAUCUCUUGACUCUUCUUCGCCCGGCUCAGGCAUAAUCCGGAGGGUUUCCAGAAAAGUCGUUCCGGGGUUGCCCCGCGCCAAGACGUUCAAAAGGCAGCAGUCCGAAGUGAGAGAGAAGCUCGAGGCUGUAGAGCCGACGUCAGCAGAACGCAGGGCUGUCUCUGUCGACAGACGAGUGCGUACCCAACGCAGCACCUCCCGUGUGAGCCAACCUCUUCCGCGUGCGAGUGCGCCCGACUUCCUCGACGAUACGCAGCCUCCCCUAAGCCCCCCUGCCGUAGUCACUCAACAUGUGACAUCGGCCCCUCAAAGCCCGCUCGACGAGAAACAAUUCUUAAGCCUCGAAGAUGCCGAACCCACAGCCGCCAAUCCGGAUACCGAACAGCGUGCCUCACUCGAACCAGUGCCUAGCCAUACCGAAGCAUUGUCGCCCGUGUCACCUAUUGAUGUCCAAUCUACCACGACGUCACAGUAUGAUGCAAUGAUUAACGACGAGUUGGAAAGAAAAUGGAUCCUAAACUUAAGUAUGCAUUUCCGAGAUAAGUCCAAGAGGGAGAAGUUUUUCGUUACCUAUCGCGAGGAUGAAUAUGUAUGGAGACGGGUAACUAUCUCUCUGGAUUACCGAAAUGCCCCCGAUGACUCGCUAGAGAAGGAUCUCCUUGGGAUCAAAUUCCAAAGAGAAAAAAGUGCGAAGAUUUAUGAGGCUAUACGCGAAAGUCUUCAAGAUAUCCAGUUCUACUCCACUGUCACCAACCUCAAAUUGCAGACGACCGAUGGAAGACUGCACGUGCAUGUGGUGGAAGAUAUAAACGAGAUCAUAAACUAUCCUACCGUUCGUAUGAUUCAGCAUUUGAAAUGCCAUCGUAUCAAAGAGAGGGAUCUUGUAUUUGAUGCUCACAUGUCGGGCUUUGUUUACAAGGUCCGUGUUGGUAAUCAGACGCUUAUCAAAAAGGAAAUUCCAGGGCCUGACACAGUGGAUGAGUUCCUCUACGAAGUCAAUGCUCUUAACUCCCUACAGUUUUCCCGAAACGUCAUCGAGUUCUAUGGUGUGGUGGUCGAUGAGAAUGAUUCUGUAAAAGGACUGCUCAUCAACUACGCCGAGAAAGGCGCUCUAAUCGACGUGAUUUAUGAUACGCAAGAAGAGGGUCAUCCUUUGCCUUGGUCUAUUCGAGAGAAGUGGGCGAGGCAGAUUGUCCAAGGCCUGUCAGACGUUCAUGAAGCCGGGUUCGUACAGGGUGAUCUUACGCUAUCUAACAUUGUCAUCGAUUAUGAGGACAAUGCGAAAAUUAUAGACAUUAACAGACGAGGCUGCCCGGUGGGGUGGGAGCCUCCGGAGGCAACUCCACUUAUCGACAGUAACCAGCGGAUAUCGAUGUACAUCGGUGUAAAAUCCGAUCUCUACCAGCUUGGAAUGGUAUUGUGGGCGCUCGCGACGUUGGAGGACGAGCCAGAGGCUCACCGUCGUCCGCUACGUUUAGAGCCCGAGAUCGAAGUCCCAGGCUGGUAUCGCACGAUAGUGGAACACUGCUUGCACGAGGAUCCACGUGUCCGACUUCAGGCUACCGUACUACUUAGGUAUUUCCCCCAACCCGCGUACGACGACGACUAUGAUAGGCACGAUAUACCAUCGAUUUCCGUGGAAGACGAAUUCUCCCGACGGGAAUACAUGGUUGACAGCUGUCAACAAAACGGUUACCCGCAAGUCAAAACGGUUCAGCCCAGGAACGCUUGGCCAUAUGCUCCAUUCGACAACACGCAUAACGCGUCACCUGCCUUCUCCGACGAUCCGUACUACUACCCAUCGAGGGGACGGUCUCCGCCUAGAUCACUACCGAGCAAUCACGACAUGUAUGGCCCACCGUACAUGGGGCAGCACGAAAUGUGGCCCAAUGAUGUUGGGCCUCCGUACGUUGGUCCGGGCGAUGUGUGGUCCGAUGAUGUGGGACCUCCGUAUGUUGAAGGACUUGAAUUGCCACUUAACGAAGUUAUAGACUUGUCUGACGAUAUUGAUUUGGAGGAUGAGAAAGCUGAGACGCCUCGGAGGGCACAAGCAGCCGAAGAGAUAGUUGCGAAAGUACAGAAAGAGUUGGAUCAACUGGAGGCAAAAGAGGCUCCAACAACUGAUGGUGAAAAUCAGGCAGAAGGGGCCACGUCAGCACCCAGCGCUAGCGAUGCGUCUAGCAAGGCCGACGAUGAAUUUGAGAAGGGCUUGUCUUUACCCAAUGAUAUCACAGCAGUGGUUACACCUAUCAAAGGUCCCACUGCGACAUCCACGCUGGGUGAAGGGCAACCUCAAGGAAGUUUGCAACCGGAGUUUAGAAACAAAUUAUCAGAACUGGCCGAAGCGGCACAGCCAGGCGAGGCGGCAGACGUAGACACUGCCGUAGCUUCGGCACCCCUUCAAAAUGGAACCGUCAUUCAGCCAGUUGUCAAUGGAGAUGAAGGAGGAUUUGGAGAUGGAGGGAGCGAGCCAUUCAAUCAUUACACACACGACAGAAGAGAAGACAUACCAAUGCGAUCAACAGAAGCACCGUCGCCUGGGACAGCCGAGUCGCAACCCAACGACCUACCGGCUGAGCUCAAAGGCAUCGGAGAUGGAUAUGGGAAACAGGAACAUUAUCGAAUGUCCUUUACAGAUGAAGAUCUGGGACUUUCAACGCCAGCCAUGGCAACGAAUGUGACAUGAUAUCUUAAAGCCUGAGAAAGUUAUGGUUGGGAUGUGUACACACAUUCGCCAAGUGGCUGUUGAUGUACAUACACAUACACACACAGCAACGGCGCAUGGAGUUAAUAAUGCAUAUGCAAAAUUUUGGGUUAACGUUAUCUACCUUGGGGAAUUAUUCUGAUAUCAUGAUAUCUAUUAGGAGAAGGAGCAGGAAAUCUACCCUACCUACCUACGUUAUCUUUCUUCCAUCAAUCACUGACGGCGAAUUGGGCAAAAAUUGGUGUAUCAUAGAAGCAUCGUUACCAUUGUUUUUGUUUUGUUCAUUCAAAUA